GGAGGAGGAGGAGGAGGAGGAUCCUGUCCGCCGGCAGCAGCAGCAGCAGCAUCAGCGGUACCGAGCUUCUCUCCAUCCUCCCAUGUGUUUGGAAGAAUACGAUCCGGACAUGUGCUGCUAGAACUGACCUGUGUGCAGCUUCAUCUUCUUUUCAAUAACACUGUGAGGUUGGAAACAGGCAGAGGAGGGUAUAUUUGAUCACUCUUUUCCUGAGGAUGCUUCCCUGCUCUUCAUCGGCGCAGAUGGAGGGAUGUGAGGAGGAGAGGGACUCGCACAUGCGAACAGAGUGCAACAGACUGACGGAGGAGAGAGACGAGGCUGAGAGACAACUCAAACACAUCAAGAGAGUGUCUCAGAUGGUGAUUGAGGAGGUGAGCGUUCUGCAGACUCAGCUGGAGAUCGAGAAGUCGUGCCGGGAGAAUGCAGAGGCCCUGGCCACAAAGCUGAACUGUGAGAACAGGAAGUUGAAGUACCUCAGUCUGUCGUCUCGCCCCUGUUUGGACGAGCUGCUGCCCAGCAUCUCAGACUGCAUUGCUCUGGAGGCUGACGCAGACGCAGACGCUGCAGACGGAAGUCCUGACACCUUCACACAGUACCAACAACAGGUUAAAGAGCUGAGGGAGACGGUGAACACAUUACUGGAGGAGAAGAAGAACUUCAUGUGUCAGAUUCACGAACAGCAGAGACGGAUAGAAGAGCUGAGCUCACAGUCGGAGAAAGAUCAGGCCGACAUGAAGGAGCUCCGUGAAACUGUUGAUCAACAAAGUAAAACCAUCAAGAGGUUCAACAGAGUGUCCAUGAUGGCGGCUCAGGAGUACGAAGGGAUGAAGGACCAGCUCGACUUGGAGCAGAGCCUCAGAGUCAAAGCUGAGACCUACGCACACGAGAUGCUGGUGAAGCAGAAGGAGGCCAACAGGCAGAGCAUGCUGCUGCUGCAGAAUGCUGAGCCCAGCGUUCAGCUCCUCAAAGCUCUGGAGGACGUCGCUGCCAUCACCAAAACCCUGGAGGAGGAGCGCCUGCAGCAUCAGCAGAAGGUGGAGAGCCUGGAGGCCCAGCUGGAGCAGAGCUGUGUGAAGAAGCAGCUGGAGGCUCUGCAGAGGCAGCUGGAGCUGCUGGAGGUCGCCAAGAAGGAGGUGGAUGGACGACUGGAGCAGGCAGAGAAGAAGAACGAGGAGCUGGAGAAAAGAGUCAACGAGCUCCAGGAGACCCAGAAAGAGGUUGCCGUGACGACCAACCCGGUGCCCCCUCCCCCUGCACCUGGGGUUGCACCACCUCCCGCCCCUCCCCCACAGCCGCCUCCUCCCCCUCCUCCUCCUCCUCCACCCCCUCCGCCACCUCCCCCCUCGAGAUGCAACCCCCUCAGCUCUCUGAUCGCCAUCAUGAGGAAGUCAUCCAAAGGCUCUAAAGCCUCUGUGAAGAUCGAGCAGCCUCCAGCUGGCGAGGGCGACGACGUGAAGGCGAAGGCAGUGAAUGAAAUGAUGGAGAGGAUCAAACAUGGCGUCGUCCUGCGGCCCGUCAAGAGUCAGGAGAGCAAGAGAGCAGCUAUUAAACCACCAGUGAUCUGUGAGGAGAAACCACAGGAGAGCGCCAUGGAGGAGCUGAAAGGCAUCCUGGAGACGGUGAAGCGGAGCCCCAGCCGAGGUUCUCAGGAGGCGGUGCCGUCGCCACCUGGGAAGAAGGACAGCGAGCUGGAGGUCAUCCUGAGACGCCGACGCAACAAGGCAGGAGAAGCUGGCUCUGGAGAUGAGCGGGAGGGCCAGAUGAGCCACGUCUCCUCCUCAGACAGUCUGAACGGGGGGCGCACCAGCAGCGAAUCGGGCAAAGAUCCAGAAGGGCCUGGGGGGCUGACUGUCCCCUUGGAUUCUACAGUUCCCAGGGUCAGUCCCGAGCGGCGUGGGUCGGGGCCGGGGCCGGGGCCUGUCGUAGCCAGGAGGAAGAGCUCGGAUACCACAGGCAGAGAGGCCAGAGUGGGGUCAUGGCAGGAGAGGAGGUCCUGCAGCUCCCUGUCUGAGAAGGAGAUGGCAGGGACUCCGCUGAGUAACGGCUGCGUCAUCAGCGUGGGGGACGACCAUCAGAAUGAUCAGAAUGGGACUGAGACGUGCGUCCAGUCUAACGGAGUCAAACCCAGUGAGGACGAGCACGCCACCGUCUGCGCCGCUCCUGUUAACGGCAGCAGCGACGCCGAGUGUUAGGAUGGAGUCUGAGGAUCCCCGGCUCCAUAUCUGCUCUGUGCUUUUAUUGGCUGAUGUGAGAGUGAUGUCAUCGCUCUGAUUUUCACUCUGACAUCAGCAGGUUCAGGGUGCGAUCACACGUCUGUCGUCUGUUUAUCAGGUGAAGUUUUGUAUUUGUGUUUUGUUUUUUUGGAUUUACACAUUUAAAAUCUAACGAGGCGCUGUGAGGUCACGUCACAUGACUAACAUGUAGCUGAUUCCAUUUCCUGAAGCUUUCUCACCAGUAUGAGUUUAAAUGUCACAAAUGAAGUUGGACUUGUUGCAGAUAAAAACAUGGUGGAUGUGAACGCACCCUGACCUGAGUUGCAGCCAUUGUAGAAGCCCUGAGACAAACUGCAUCUGUCGCUCAUCAAUAAUACUUUCAGGCAUCUUAAAAUUAUUCACAUGUAAGACUGGAAAAAGUUAAAUGUCACUCUUUAAUUGAACUUAAAUAAAGUUAAGUAUUAUGGAUUGAAUGUUCUCACAACUCAGUGAAACUACAUGUAGAACAGACUCUCUGAACGAUGACAAACGGUGGCGACUGAGCGGUCACUGUGGGGCUCUCUACAAUGGCUCAUCUUAUCAGUCUGUCUGUCCACCACUGGAUCCUGGAGGACAGACAGACAGACUGAACUGGACGAGGGAAGCUGCACUUCUUUGCACAGAACUUCAGUUUUCUUCAGACACUUGUACAAUGACUGCAGAACUUUAGGUUGAUGUUCUUCUUUCAGUUUUCUGUUUGAUGCACAGAGGAUGUGUUCACGAUCACUUUGUGUCAUCAGAAGGAAUGCACUGUACUUCUUAGAAUCCAGCUCUCCUACUUCUGCUGCUCCUCCUCUUCUUCUUCGCUCUCAGAGCUGCACAGUUGAUUCACAUCUUACUAACGUCAUCAGUGGUGACACUGAAACACAGGUGACUUUGUUGAAGCAUGCUUUUCCUUUCGAUUAGGGCUGGGACUAACUGCUGAAAUGAGAACGUUAUCAAUAGAAACUGAUGUUUUCAUCACUGUCAAAGUGUUUGAAUCAAUAAUCAUCAGUGUGGAAAAAAUGUCAAUGCACAAAAAUAGUGUAAGUCUCAAGUGCUGCCCUGAGCACACACUGGAGGCGUCACACUGCAGCUCAUCAGCAGACGACCACACAACGUUAUUGCUGCUUUACUACUACUACUAAUGUGGCUCCUGCUAAACACCUCGUGAAGUGCACUGGGCUUUGAAGCUAAUUUCCAUAGUGCCCAGUAGUAAUGCAAUUUUUUUCGGUCUGUCACUCGAUGACCUGCGGCCCAAAAAGACUUUUUACCAUGGCAAAAGAGAUGCUUGUGAAUCACUGGAUACAUUUCUUUGAGCGUCAAACCCUGCAAAAUGUCUCAUUUUACUAUCGAGAUUUGAUCCAUUUGGUUUAAUAACAUUUGGAGAGUCCAGAAGAGCCUCAAGAUUAAAUCUUUUGAUCCCCAUUUAAGUAAGCAGAGCGCUAAGUCAAAGUAAGCCGUUCGGCCUGCCACUACAUCUCCCUAAAUCUUACACACUCACGUUUCCAUGCACAGUUAAGUGGAGCUACAG